UUUAAUAGGUGGUGUAUGACAAAACACGCGUGUAUGUCACGUGAUAUGGACUGGGAGAAAUCGAAACUUAAGAACGGCUGUUACCUUAUAUAUUGCAGAAUUCAGACUAGAGAAUGCUUAAAGCAGAAUAAUUACAUGGAAGACAAGAUCAUUUGACAACAAUCCCCUUUGAGUAAAGCAAUCUCUAGAAGAAAACAAAACUGAAUCUGAAAGAUCCAAGAACACGAACCUGCACUGAAACAUUUGCUCUGUUAAAAUGGAUGAACCACCCUGUUCACCGAGUCCUACCUGCUCAGGAGACACUGCAUUAUGUCUUGCGGACACUAAAGUUCAGGGGAAAAAAAACAAGAAGAACAAAAGGCAUAAAAAGAAACCAAGCGCCGCAUGUCAAAUGAAAAGAGACAGUGAGUGUUCCCUGGUCACCGCUGAGCAGUCAUCACCCUCACAGCACCAGCCCGAGCACCUCAAGAACAGCCAAAAAACAAGAAUCCUUUCACCUGCAACUUCGUUUGCAAGCUCCACUCAUCGCGAAGAAACCAACACUUCACAGCAGGCAUCAGCCCGUUCUACCUGUGACCAGUCAACGCAGACAGAGUCUGCUCAACUCCAGUCUGUCCAAACACAAUCAACACAAACCCCUCCAAUCCAAGGCAUUCACACUACAAUAACAGAACCCAAAUCCACCCAGACACUACAUUCCAGUUUUUCCUUCGAACAGGCGUACUGGGGAAGAUCUUUCACAGAUCAGUCAGCUGAUGAACGAGAAACUCAGUCCAGCUCCAGCAGCGGUCAUCUAACUGUCUUAUCCUGGAAUAUAGAUUGCCUGGAUACAGAUAAUAUCUCUUAUCGGGUCAAAGGCCUGCUAUCACAAUUUGGAAAGUACCGUGCAGAUGUAGUACUUUUGCAAGAGCUGAUUCCUGGUUGUUUGACAAUGUUAGAGAAAAUUAUGAAAGACUAUCAGUUUAUUCAAGGCAGUGAAGAUGGCUAUUUCACUGCCAUUUUGCUCAGAAAGGACAGAGUGCAAUUCCUAGAGAGCAACAUAGUGAAGUAUCCCACCACAGAGAUGGGUAGAAACCUGCAAAUAGCAAACGUGAGUUUUUUAGGGCAUCCACUGUGCAUUAUGACAUCUCAUCUGGAGAGCUGUAAGCCCAACUCUCAAGAACGCUUGAAUCAGCUGCGGAGAGUCUGGAAAUGGAUAAAAGAGGCUCCGCAGGACCACACAGUUAUAUUUGGAGGAGAUACCAACCUUAGAGAUUGGGAAGUGAAGAAGCUCGGGGGGCUGCCGGACGGUAUCUCUGAUGUGUGGGAGAUGCUGGGAGAGCCGGAGGAAAGCAGAUACACCUGGGACACGUCCAUUAAUGAUAACAAAGAAAUCCCUAAUUCUAUACGCCUGCGAUUUGAUCGUCUGUUCCUGAGAGCAGCUGCAGUGGGUGACAAAAUACGGCCAGAAACCAUGACCCUGAUUGGUCUGGAGAAGCUGAAGUGUGACUAUUUUAUCAGCGACCAUUGGGGCAUCCUUUGUACUUUCAAAUUUGGGGCAUCAAAAGAGCAAAAUGUCAGUGAUUGAUUUUUUUUUUUAACGGGCUGCACUGGAUUACAUUAGUUAAUGGAUCACAAACACGCGCUGAUAUGAAAAUAUUGAUAUGAACUCUGAACUAGUGUUUAAAUGGUGAUUGACAAUCCUAAACUGCUGGGAGAUUAACAAGUUGUGCAGCAACUAAUGUAUAUACUUAUAUGGGCAGAAUAUGGCUAGUUGUGACACUUUCUACUGUAGUGAUUUAAGCAUUUCUAUUUAAUCACAUAUCUUUCAGUUUUUUGGCGAUUAUUGCCUAGAUAAAAAUAUAUAGUUCACUCAACACAAUGACCAUUUAUGGCAACAUGCCAUAGGAGUGGAAUGAAACCUGCUAUUAAACAAUCUAUUAUUGGAUUUUGAGGAAAAUAAAAUGGUUAAUAUAAAAAAAACA